UUUCCCAUUCAUUAGUGUCCCACUCGUGUGUAGGUGUUGGUGGAUGUGUUGUUUAUAGUAUUCCGUAAGGUUUAAGAUUCGGAUCUGUGCACGUGGCUUUAUUAGUUUUGUUAGUGUUUUGGCUCCUGAAACUGUGCGGAUUGCGAUGUCGACAGGUUUUCCGUUAUAUCCAAAGCGAGACUUUGUUCCGUGUUCUGUGGACAGCUGUGAAGUGCGUUUCGAGUCUCCGCGAUCGUCGUAUUCUCAUACAAGUUUACUGACCAAUCCCCAUCGAGACAUCGAUGAAGAAAAAUCUCAUCAUUAUGAAGAUCCUACGGUUCUCAACGAUCAAGUUCGUGUUAUACAAGGAGGAGGAAAUACGGGACAUAGAAAACGUUUCAACGAUAUGUACGAACCGCACAUACCACUGAAAGAUUUACGGGUUGGUAGAUCAAGGGAUGAUUCAAGUUGUUCCGAAUUGUCGGACACACACUCGAGAGAAUCGUGUUUAAAUCGUUGCAUUUUAUUUUUUGUUCUUCUGACUUCGGUUGCGGCGUUAAUAUUGGUGGUACUUUUAAUGUUUGGCAAAGUUGGCCCUAUCGUCGAACGAAAUUGUGCGUGUAAUAACCCGGAAAAAGUUAGCUUGAAAGCAGAAGCGCCAAACGGGCAGAAAGUUGUGGGUGGACAGUCAAACAGAGGUGAAGUGGCCGAGGCAGUUUCACCACCUGAUGUUUCAUCCCUGGAGGACAAGAUCAAUGACCUUAAAGCCAAUAUCUCAAUGAUCAAAGCAAUUAUGACAACUCUUCAGCAUGAGCUACACAGCACCAAAAAGAGUUUGAAUGAAACCAGUAAUAAAGUCAGUGAGACAAAGAAUGAACUUUUGCAGAUAGAAAGUGGAAUGCAAGAAUCUAUAUUCAAGAUUAGUAAUAUCAGUCAGCAGCUUGAUAAAUCUGUAAGUGAUGUCAAUGAAAGUUUCCACAUAGAGUUGGCAUCGCUGGAAACGACUUUUGUCACAAAGUUAAAUAACACGGCUCAAAGCCUGUCUGAUGCUGAUAGCACCUUAAAAAGUUCUCUGGAUGUAAUUAACAGCUCCUUGACUUCACAAAUUCAAAGCAUCAGCAAGUUGCAAGGACCUACAGGAUCUCCAGGUUUUAAUGGCUCCAAAGGUGUUCCAGGUGCACUGGGCAACAAAGGGGCCAAGGGAAAUGCAGGUGUGCAAGGAUCCCCGGGUCAGCAAGGUGUUGUGGGGGACCCGGGAAGGAAUGGUACUGAUGGUGUAAAUGGACAACAGGGAGAUAAAGGACCACAAGGUGAUAAAGGACAACAAGGGGCUGCAGGACCCGGUGGACCCCCCGGACCCCAGGGACCACAAGGGCCUCCUGGAGCUGGGAACUUCAGUCAGUGUGUAUAUGAUCAUAGAGAAGAAACAACUACAUCUGGUCCAUCAGUGACACGUAAAACUAUCUUGGAGGAGCCAGUUGGAAAGAAAAUUCUGGGUGUCGCAUGUUCGACUAAUCAAGCAGCGGAAUACAAUUUAGAGGUAGAGAAAGUAAGUGGGAAGUAUUUUUACCGUUGCAUCUGCAGGGGAGAGUCUUCUUUGGUUACUCCCAAGGAAAAUCAGAUGAAAUGCAUCCUGCACUUCUGGGAGUGCCCAUUGACAACAUAAUUGCCAUCACAUUACAGACUGAAGUUUGUUUACUAUCACUGCUUAGUUGCAUUUUGUUCAGAUAAAAACAAUAAAGAAACUGAUUGAAGCCCAGCGUCUUCAAUAAUAUUACAAUUAAGAGUGACAGCUUUAAGUAUUAGAGAACGUACAUAAGUUUCGCGAAAUCAGUAAGACAGAAAGGCUAGGUUAAGGCUUCAUUUCACCAAAAUACGAGAACAUUAGUUCCGUUUUAUGUACAUGAGAAAUAUACAUGCAUGUUUUAAACGAGGAGUGUUGUUUUCUUAUCAAGUAAAAAAUCAGACUGUUAGGAAAUCGGAAUGAAAUACAAUUUAAAUUGACGCUGUUUCCGUUUUAAUUUUUCUCUUUUAAUACCUUCAGAUUUUGACUUUUGCCUUUUUUGUACUAAAACAAUGAUUGUUUUCCGCUUUUCCUUGUUUAAAAUUUAUUUCGUUGUUGUUGUUCAUUGUAAUGCUGUUAACCAAAUUGAACAGUAUUAUAUGGAGAGUAAACGUUAUGUAUCCUGGUGUACAACAUGGAAAUCUCUCUAAGCAUUGGUGAGUCAUAAACUAAUUUUAAAGCAAUUGUGUUAAAGUAAUUUUUAAUGCAAUUGUGUUAAAGUAAUUUUUAAAGCAAUUGUAGUAUCAUUUGCGUUGUUAUCUAUAUGUUGUAAGUUAUUUUUAAGUUUUGAGUUAGGCUAGUUCUAGAGUAAAUGCCAAUCGAGUUUCAAAAGUAAUUUGCGAUUGUAUCGGUUCUGCUCAACUGCGUCCUAUGAUUGGUUAAAAAGAACUCACACCACUUUUUCAACCAAUCAGAUGCCAAACCAGAAUCAGCUGAACCAAUUGGUUACUCCCGUUUUCUCGCGCUUUGGGUCUCUUAGUUGUGAUUGGUUCCCCUUGGACAUUCACAUCAGUUCUGAUUGGUCACUGUUGUUACUCUAGAUUUGGUGCUUAAAACUCGAUCGCAAAGUGAUCGUUAACACACGGUAAUGAAGUAAUUGUCGUUCUUAUUCUCACUUAUUAUUUUUUCGCUUGUUUUUUGUGUUUUUAUCUGCUACUUGUUGACAAGGUGCUCAGACUGUAUGCAGGCAUACAUGUUGAGGAGCAAUUUUAAUCUGUUAAGUAUAAGAGAAAAUUGCAUUCAACUAUUAGAUGACAUGACACGUCAUGAUUAUCUCUCAAACUGAGAGAUCCAACGUAUGAAAACUCGAUAAUCUACUUCUGAUAGUCUUUCCAAAUUUUAUUUUUUAUCGGCCUUAAUUUCAAGAAAAAAUAAGUUGAAUUAUAAUUUUAUUAGAGUAUAUAUUUUUGAACACGAAAGGGUCCAAAGCAUUCUGCAGUUAGUGACUCAGUAGCAUUUCUUGUGGAUAUGAUUCUUUCAACCAAGUUGUUUGUCCGUGGUACGCAAGCUCCUUAUUACUAUUCUGUGUAGGAAACGAUGUAGACGCACACCAGAAUAAACAUGAUAAAACUGACAAACAAUCAAACAACGAAAAACUAAACAUGUUUUUUUUACAUUUGAAACGAUUAUUCACAGGUUUCUGAAAAGCAAGGGGUGCCUCAAAGGUACCUAAGAGGUGUUUGUCCAUAGAGAAUAUAUUAUGUUAUUUAGGUCGUUUGAUUAGUAACAUAGUUUAACAUUUGUAAAAACAGUUUACAAGGGCUAUUAGGAUAUAAUUCAUGUUCCC